CUUGCUCCAUAACCACAAACCCUAGAAACAAAUCUAGCGGAGGAGGAGGAAGAAGGAGAAGAUGGUGAAGUUCUUGAAACCCAACAAAGCGGUUAUUGUUUUGCAAGGCCGUUACGCCGGUCGGAAAGCCGUCAUCAUACGCGCCUUCGACGACGGCACGCGCGACCGUCCCUACGGCCACUGCCUUGUCGCCGGGAUCAAGAAGUAUCCUUCGAAGGUUGUGAAGAGAGACUCCGCCAAGAAGACGGCAAAGAAGUCGCGCGUGAAGGCGUUCGUUAAGAUGGUUAACUACCAGCACGUGAUGCCCACGCGCUACACUCUCGACGUGGAUUUGAAGGACGCCGUUACUGCCGAGUCGCUUCAGUCGAAGGACAAGAAGGUUGCGGCGCUUAAAGAAACCAAGAAGAGGCUCGAGGAGAGGUUCAAAACCGGUAAAAACCGUUGGUUCUUCACCAAGCUUAGGUUCUGAGGGAUUCGCUGAAACGGUGUCGUUUUAUCUUUUCUUUUUUGAAGUUUUAAUUUUGAUGCUUUUUUAUAUCCGGAUCUGUUUGGAUUUCUAAAGGUUCAUUUCGAGAUUAUGUUAAUUAAACACUGCGUUUUAUCAA